UUCCGAGCACAUCAGAUUGAUUCAUAGACUACUCCCCGCGAACUGUACCGCUGACGAACUUCACAAGGAGGCCAGAAAUAUGAAGCUGUUGUUGGCCAUCCUGUGGGCAUGCUGCCAUGAAAUGGUCUUCCUACAGGCCUGUACAGAAAAAGCUGGACGUCAAGCUUCGGACAAUGGCCUCACUUGUGUGACUAAUUAUUGGUUCAGAAUAAGUUGUGUGCUGAACGCCACAGUACAACCUCUCAAUAAGGAGCGGUCCCAUUGGCUGAAAUUUCAACACUGCGCUGAAAAUGAUGCAGAAUUUGAAUGUCAGCUGGUGAAAGUAGGGCAGGAUUUCAGCUGCUCCGUUCAGGCUGAAAUCAAAGAACAGGAAUCAUUUAUUUCAGCGGAUCUUUUCAAAGUAACUCUCCAUUCCCAAAGGAGUGGACAUGAAACCCGAUUAUUAAUUAAUUCUACAUUCCGACCCGCAUCUAAUGUAAAACCAGAUGCUCCAAACAAUCUGACUGUUGUCAGGAAUUCCGGCGGUUACCUGUUUACCUGGAAUAGUAAUUACGAGAGCCAUCCGUAUCGAUCAUUCAUCAAAAAACUACAGUAUAAGCUGUUGUACCACAGAACUGGGUCCCCAGAUCAAGCAAUUAUAGUCGAACCAAUGGUGAAAACACAGCAAAUUGAUGAUGACAAUCUAGAAACAGACACUGAAUACACUGCAGUUGUGUGCUCUUUUGUUCGGGACAAUCAACAAAAACAGUGCAGUGAGUGGAGUCCCCCGGUAAACUGGAGGUCAAAGUCCAAGCCAGAUGUGUUGGCAGUGAGAGAUUGGGAAAAGAUCACAUUACUGUGGAAUAUAGUGUUACCCAUGUGUGUUAUUGCCGGGAUCCUGCUGUGUUUCUUCUUCAGUCCCACAGUUAGGUUAAAGAUAAAAGUCUGGUCUGUUAUACCAACACCUGCUCCCUACUUUCAGCCACUCUUCACAAGCUACAAAGGAAAUUUCAGGAGCUGGCUGGUGUCCCAGGGUGGUCCAGAAGAACCACUCAAAAUGGAGGAUGUGCAGGAGAUUGACAGAGUCAGGGAGGCCCAGCCACUGCAGGGGGAGGAGUCUUGCCCUCCAGCCCCUGCCCCUCACUCCUGUCCCACUCCUUACGUCACCCCCGGUGAUGACGGCUGGUGCAUGGGGAGCCCCGCCCCCAGCCCCACCCUCAGGGACCCCCCUGACACACUCCUGCCUCUGUCCCUGCUGAAGGUCUGCUUAGCAGAGAUAUUUGGCUCGCAGUCUCUGGGCCUGGUUUUGGCUGGUGAGGGAGACUGGGAGAAUGAGAAGGUUAUGUUGGGGGAGGGGGCGAAUGAGAAGGUUAUGGCGGGGGAGGGGGAGAGUGAGAAGGUUUUGGCGGGUGAAAGGGAAUGGGUGUGUGAGGACCCCAGGCCCAGUCUUGACUGCUGCUCGCCCCAGGAUGCCCUGACCUCCCCACAUGGUGGCCCGUCCACCCGCCUGGACUAUUGCACCCUCUCAGUACUAAACAAUGAGUUUGUGUCGAGGUCACCCACACCCGGCACCCUUACAGACCCACACAAUGAGCUCAGCCCCGAGACACCCGGCACCCUUACAGACCCACACAAUGAGCUCAUCCCCGAGACACCCUGCACCCUUACAGACCCACACAAUGAGCUCAUCCCCGAGACACCCUGCACCCUUACAGACCCACACAAUGAGCUCAUCCCUGAGACACCCUGCACCCUUACAGACCCACACAAUGAGCUCAUCCCUGAGACACCCGGCACCCUCUCAGACCCACACAAUGAGCUCAUCCCCGAGACACCCGGCACCCUCUCAGUCCCGAACAAUGAGCUCGUCCCUGGAAUACUCAAACCCUCCACCCUCACAGACUCUCACAAUGAACUCGUCCCCAAGACACUGAUAUAG